UCCAUCUUGCUUUGUUUAUUAUUUUUGUUUAUGAAAAACAAAAUAUAACAGUUGGCUAACCUGACCAUGAAUUCACAUUCUUACUUGGUGUUACGUCAUAUUUCAAGAGCUAAUUCACUUGUUCACUUUUCUGUGUUUUGUUAGUUUGUAACCAUGAGACGAAAAAUGCAUUUUGGAGUUGUUUGAUUACUGAAAAAAAUAUAUAUUUCCUGUUUCAAAAUUUAUAAAUCACAAUGAAUAAAUCGAAAAUUGAAACAAAUGGUAAUGGUAAUUUCAAUUAUUUCGGUGAAGUUAAGAAUGUGACAAAUAUUCAACGCUUUUGGAAACGACUCGAAUUUAAUGAAAAGACUUUUAGUUUAAUUCUCUUCUUUUUUUCGUUAAUUAUUGUUAUCGGCAAAAUAGCUGUCAAUUACGGAUAUUUGGGCCAAUGGCUCUUUUGGGAGAGCAAUGAGAAAUCACAUCGAUUCAAUGAGAAUGAAAAUUUUCAAUUUAUCACAACAAAUAAUGAAGUAUUUGAUAAAUAUGGAUGGAUUAUGAAGGCAACGUUAAGUGGUCUGGCAACAUUAAUCAUCACUUGGUACAUUAUUUACAAGGACAGCAAUAUUCCUGGAAUUAAUCCUCCAUCGCCUUUUCGAAAUUCAAAAACCAGAUUAAAGAAAGAAUUUGAAAUUUCAACGAAUUAUUUCAUGGGAAUUUUAAAUGGUCUACUCAUAUUUUUUUACAUGUGUUUUUGAAACACAGAAAUUAGAAGAAGAUAAAAGAAAGUUGUGAAAAAUGAAACAGGAAAAAAACUGUAAAGUUCAUGUGUACAAAAAUAAUUCACCGAUAUUUAUUAUUUAUUUAAAAAAAAAAAAAUACUUUGUCAUUAAGUAGAAGAAAAAAAUUAAUUUUGUCUUUAAUUAAUUUUUCUGUUUUUAAGAAUGUUUGUGAAACGUUUGUAAAGGAAAAAACUUUAUACAUAAAUAUGGUGAUGUGUUAUAUUCUAAAUGUUUAAUAAAGUUUCUGUUUAAGUAUAAGAAA